CACAAUUGUCCUGGACCUGCCAGCUUCCCUCCCCUCCUACCGACCAAAUCUCCUGUCCUUAACCCGUCCCCAUGGCUUCCCACGACGGUGACCAUCCCGACAAUGUCGAGAGGAACCGCUACGCGUCCUCCAACCGCUGGCGCCACCAGGAGAGCUCGGCUUUCCUCCGCCACGCUGCCGGCUCUCAACCUCGCGACCCUCAAGACCGCAGCGAUACCAGCGACCUCGCCAGUUUCCUCAACCGCGACCGAGUCGAGCCCGAUAUACCUGCCGAUGCCCCGCGCCCCGCGAACUUCAAGCCGAUUAUGAUCGGCGCCGCCGAAGCGAAGGAGAAAAUCCAACAAGCCGAUUCCGCCUCCGCCACUGAGGCCGGUGUCGCUAUCGCGCCGCCGGCAGGCGACCAUGCCGCCACCGAUGGCAAGGACAUCGUCUGCGGGCCUCUGCUCAACUAUCGCAAGAUGGAGGGCAGUACAUGGUACGGCAGCGCCUUGAUCGUCACCCAGGGAGGCCGUCGUGCCGCGCCCGUGCUCCACCUCCGCCGCGGAGGCCUCCACGACGACCGCGAGAAGCCCGACAACCAUAAUGAUACUACCGCGACGACGACCGACACGGCCACGAACGGAGGAGAGGUACCAACUGCGGGCGCCGAAGGUGGCAUCGUCGAAGUCCAGGGAGAAUGCCUCUACUCCGAUCCCCGCAACACGUUCUGGGCCUUCGGUCUCUCCGUCGAGAUGGAACAGUCCGAAUCGAAGUGGGAGUAUUGGUUCCCGGACAUGCGUUUCACCAGCCAGACCAAGCCCAGGCGUAACGUCUUCUUCGUGCCCGCCCUGAACGAGUCGAUGAGGAUCAUGUUCCACUCCUGCAACGGCUUCAGCGUCGGCACCGAUGAAGAGGCCUUCAGCGGCAUGCCCUUGUGGAAUGACGUCGCCAGGCGUCAUGCCGACAUUCCUUUCCACGUCAUGGUCGGCGGAGGAGACCAGAUCUAUAACGACGGCAUCCGGGUGAACGGUCCCCUACGACCCUGGACCGAAAUCUCGAACCCCAAGAAGAGGAGACACUACCCCUUCCCGGAAAGUCUCCGCCAAGCCUGCGAUGACUAUUAUCUUAAGAACUACAUAAAAUGGUUCUCCACUGAACCAUUUGCUGGUCUCAACGGUCAGAUUCCUCAGGUGAACAUCUGGGAUGACCAUGACAUCAUUGAUGGCUUUGGCUCCUAUGUCCACGACUUCAUGAUGUGCGAUGUCUUCCGAGGUAUUGGCGGGACGGCGCACAAGUAUUACAUGCUUUUCCAACAUCACCUCCCUCCUCCUCCCUCGACUUAUACCACCGAUCAUGCUGGUGAUGGCGAAGAUCCCAACCAGUUGAUGGACACAUAUGUUGCACCCGUCAAGACAGACUCAUGUUAUAUAGUCGGGAGUCAACAUGGCCCUUAUGUGGAAGAACAUUCACAAAACAUCUUCUGCAGACUCGGAGCAAGAAUUGCCAUGGUGGGCAUUGAUGCUCGAACCGAGCGAACUCGCCACCAAGUAAACUAUCCUGAGACAUAUGACAUGAUCUUUGAUCGUCUGAGGAAAGAGCUUCAAUCCGCAGUCGAUGCCGGGCAACCCAUCAAGCAUCUGAUCCUGCUUCUGGGCAUCCCAAUCGCCUAUCCCCGCUUGACGUGGCUGGAGAACAUCUUCACCAGCCCCAUCAUGGGCCCCGUCAAACUCCUCAACCGGAGAUUUGGCUUUGCUGGCAGCCUGUUCAACCACUUCGACGGUAGUAUCGACCUGCUGGAUGAUCUAGACGACCACUACACGGCCCGUAUCCACAAGAAAGAGCGCAAGGCUCUCAUCGAGAGACUUCAAGCCGUCGCGGCCGAGUUCUCCGUUCGCGUCAGCAUUUUGGGCGGCGACGUGCAUCUCGCCGCCCUGGGCCGUUUCUACUCGAACCCACACCUCAAGAUUCCUGCCGAGGAAGACCAUCGCUACAUGGUCAACGUCAUCUCCUCCGCCAUCACCAACAAGCCGCCACCCGCGACGGUCGCGAAUCUGCUAGCCCGGAGGAACAAGAUCCACCACCUCGACUUGGACACGGACGAGACCUUGCUCUCGCUCUUCAACAAGGAUCCCGGCAAUUCGGACAAGACGGCGGGCUUCAACAAGGUCACGAUGCCCAGCCGAAACUUUGCCAUUCUGACGGAGAACUCGCCCAACAACCCACCAUCGGGUAACGGCGAGGCCGCAGCCGCAGCCGCAGCGGCGGCGGACGGCAGCACCGCGCCGUCGUUUGCUGGUAGGGGCGGCCACAAUUUCCUCCACGAGGGAGAAGUGGACGCCGGUACUACCCACAAGGCGGCCUCGGCGGCGCACGGACGGGGCAACGAUGGUGGUCUGGACGUGUGCAUCCAGGUCGAGAUUGACCAGCACGACAAGGAGGGGAGGACGGAUGGCUACGGCCUAACCGUGCCCCUUCUCCACUGCACCAAGCCCACGGGUCUGGUCGUCGAGCCGUUCCCUGAACAACAGGAACCUCACGAGGGGUCCUAAGUCGUGUGUUGGAUUACUGGAAUUACUGGGGGAAAAAAAACCCCUCUUUGUACUGAUUAUGCACCCUCGGACGGAUUCCCAUUGGCCAAAGUGUAUGAAGCGAUGUCGGAUGGCCAUGUUUCGUUAAUAAUGCCUUGGCUUUCACAAGGCGGUGGACGGGGAAAGAAUCCGGGUGAUGAAAAGGAUGUGAUCGACGCAUCACAGGAGACGCUGCGAGUUGAGCAAGCUAGCGAUCCUGUUCGCUUGGGGAAGAGCAAUACCUACCUCGGGAAGGGAGGUUUUUUUUUUUUUUUUUUUUUUUUUUUUUUUU